CGGCAUUUCCUGGUACGGAGCGGAGCUUAGGUUCUUAGAGUCUGGCUGCGGGCCCCGAAGCUCUCGUCCUAGGCCAGGUGGCCAUCACAGCAGGGUUUGAACUGCCCUCAUGGAAGGGAGAGGACCCUACCGGAUCUACGACCCAGGGGGCAGCACGCCUCAGGGAGAGGCAUCCGAAGCUUUUGAACGCCUAGUGGAGGAGAAUACCCGGCUGAAGGGAAAAAUACAAGGGAUAAAGAUGUUAGGGGAGCGUCUAGAGGAGUCUCAGAUGGAAGCGUCCAGGCUCCGGCAGAAGGCAGAGGAGCUGGUCAAGGACAGUGAGCUGCCUCCACCACCACCUGCCCCCUCCUUGGGCUCCUUUGAUCACCUGGCUGAGCUCACAGGACAGGACACACAGGUCCAGGUACAUCCUGGUACCACCACUACCACCACCACCACAGAAAACUCCAUGGAGAAGCCUGCGCUAGCCUCCAAGCCUCCAUCCAAUGGCGCCUCUUCUGACUUUGAAGUGGUUACCACUGAGGAGCAGAAUCCGCCACCUGAAACUGGCAGCCACCCUAGGAACAUGAUGGAGCUGGGGCCCCCACUCCCAGAGGAUGGCAAUCUGAUGCUUCACCUGCAGCGCCUGGAGACCACCCUGAGCGUAUGUGCGGAGGAGCCGGACCACAGCCAGCUUUUCACCCACCUCGGCCGCAUGGCCCUCGAGUUCAACAGGUUGGCCUCCAAGGUGCAUAAAAAUGAGCAACGCACAUCCAUCCUGCAGACCUUGUGUGAGCAGCUGCGCCAGGAGAAUGAGGCCCUGAAGGCCAAGCUGGACAAGGGCCUGGAACAGCGGGAUCAGGCUGCUGAGAGGCUACGGGAGGAAAACAUGGAGCUCAAGAAACUGUUGAUGAACAGCAGCUGCAAAGAGGGCCUCUGUGGGCAGCCCAGCUCCCCCAAAACAGAGGGUGCUGGCAAGAAGGGCAUGGCCGAACAGCAGCAGGCCAGUGUGAUGGCAGAUAAAGUCCCCGAGAUGGGGGUGGUAUUGGGCGCAUCUGAGAAGAAGGUGAAGAUGCUGGAACAGCAACGCAUGGAGCUGCUGGAAGUGAACAAGCAGUGGGACCAGCAUUUCCGGUCCAUGAAGCAGCAGUAUGAGCAGAAGAUCACAGAGCUUCGCCAGAAGCUGGUGGACCUGCAGAAACAGGUGACUGAGCUGGAGGCCGAGCGCGAGCAGAAGCAGCGUGACUUUGACCGGAAGCUCCUCCUGGCCAAAUCCAAGAUCGAGAUGGAAGAGACUGACAAGGAACAGCUGACAUCGGAGGCCAAGGAGCUGCGCCAGAAGGUCAAAUACCUGCAGGAUCAGCUGAGCCCACUCACCCGGCAACGAGAAUACCAGGAAAAGGAGAUCCAGCGGCUCAAUAAGGCCCUGGAGGAGGCCCUCAGCAUCCAGGCCUCUCCGUCAUCUCCACCUCCAGCUUUUGGGAGCCCAGAAGGGGUUGGGGUCCACCUGAGGAAGCAGGAGCUGGUGACGCAGAAUGAGCUGCUGAAACAACAGGUGAAGAUCUUUGAGGAGGACUUCCAGAGGGAACGGAGUGACCGUGAACGCAUGAACGAAGAGAAGGAGGAGCUAAAGAAGCAAGUGGAGAAGCUGCAGGCCCAGGUCACCCUGACGAAUGCCCAGCUCAAAGCACUCAAAGAUGAGGAGAAGGCCAAAGAAGCCGCCAAACAGCAGAAGAGGAAAGCGAAGGCCUCAGGAGAGCGCUACCACGUGGAACCCCACCCCGAGCACCUCUGUGGGGCCUAUCCCUAUGCCUACCCACCCAUGCCAGCCAUGGUACCUCACCACACCUACAAGGAAUGGUCCCAAAUCCGCUACCCUCCAGCCCCUAUGCCCAUGGAGCACCCGCCCCCCCUCCCCAACUCUCGCCUCUUCCAUCUGCCAGAGUAUGCCUGGAGUCCACCCUGUGCAGGGAUUCGAAAUCAGACUUCCCAAGUGAGGGACCCAGACAGGCCUGCAGAACCAGAGUCUGCAGAAAAUGACUGUGCGGGGCCUCAGUGAGACCCCAUUGGGUCACGUGGCUCCACCUUCGUCUUGCAGAGCCAGCUAAAGGCAGAAUCCCGAGACUCUAGAGGACAUGUGCAUGUUGUGUGGCCCAAGCCUUGGCAGAGCAGAGGCUGGGAGGAGCAGACGGCCCACAUCCCCAGCCCCACCUCGGAACUGUUUGCAAGACCAAGGAGAAUCAACCCACAAGGCCUCCACCAGUUUCUUCUGGAUGCAAAGGGACCUUGCCUGGCUUUGACCUGCCCUCUGUUGCUGGGGCUGCUGGCCUCCGUCCUAACAGUGGAGUGCAACCAAGAAGACCCCUUCCUCUCAGAACCUCACAGACUUGGCUCUAGGCUCUCCAGAGACCACACCCAGUUCUUGUGCACGUGUAAAUUUUGCUUCAAGCUCAGUAGCAGGAUCUGCCCCACGACCCCCUUCUUACCCCUCUGUGAGGAAUUAUGGGAAAAGGGCUUUGUCUCUAGAGCAGAAGAGAGCAGUGGGAUGUUCUGAUGCCAGCAUGCUCUCUACUGUACCGAUGGCAGCCUCUUGAGAGCCACCGUGAUCUGGGAUGAAGGCCACACCAGCCAUGUCUGCUGAAGGGCCCCAGCCUGGCGCUGCCUUUGGCCCCCACAGUUAGAUGUUUAUGGUGCCAGAGGUCUGUAUUAAGGUAGCUGUCUGCUGCUAGGCAGCUGUUUGCACAAAUCUUGGACAUAAAUCCAACUUAAGGAUCGA